AUGCAUCAGGACCUUGACUUCGAACACGCCUACAGCUUGUAUCGAUUGAAUCGCUUCAAGGAAGCACUGGAUGUUUUGGACUUGAGGAAGAGCAAAGAUCCCGAGGAAAUAGCUCGCAGAUCCCGACUGGAAGCUCAGAUUCAGUAUAGAUUGUCGAGCUAUGAUUCGUGUGCAGAUGUCUAUGGACAACUUCACAAAGACGAUCCUGAGGAUAACGGUCUUCUUGUGAACGCCGUUGCUGCCCAUGUCGCUGGUGAGCAGUCACGGAAGGCAAUGGCUCUCGUGUCCAAAAACAAGGAAGCCUUGGAAUCUUCCUACGAGUUGUGCUUCAAUGCAGCUUGUGCUUUGAUUGACGAGGGCCGCCUCAAAGAGGCUGAGGCUCAUCUGGCUCGAGCCAAAGAGCUUUGCACCGAGGAGCUGGUCGAGGCUGAAGAUGUGGCAGAGGCAGAUGCAGGUUUGCUGGAGGACCAUGAAGAGCUAGCGGCAAUCCGUGUGCAACAAGCGUGUGUCUUGCAACGAUUUGGUAAAGAGGAUGACGCCAAAGAGCUGUACGACAAAGUCCUGCGGCAAAAGCCUACACAGGGACAUGAGAUUGAUGUCACUGUGCUGGCCGUGGCCUGCAACAAUGUGGUGGCUUUGCGUUCGGAGGGCAAGUCUUUGUUCGACAGCCUGAAGCGCAUCAAUGUGGCAUCCAAGGAAAGCCUUGAGCAUAAGCUCACCCGCAGACAAAUGGUUGACAUUGCCUGCAACAAGAUCCUUCUAUUGUUGCAGGCACAGAAACUGGAUGUUGCCAAGAAAGACCUGGAGAAGCUCCGCCAAAGCUACCCUGACCACCCUCGAGUUGCAUUGGUGCAGGCGGCUAUAGCUCACAGGGAGAAGAAGAAUAAAGUUUGUGAGGAAGUGCUCCAAACUUACUUGGCAUCGCGCCCUGAUGAUGCGCAGGUCCUUCUCCCCUUGGCGCAGCUCUAUACGCAACAGCACCGACAUGAGGCAGCCGUUGAGGCAUUGGCCAAGUUGCCCCUCGGCAGUCGGACACAGCAGACCACCGUAGAAGCCAUUGUGAGUCUCCACAACAGGCAAAAAAAAACCAGACAAAGCCGUGGCCUGCUUGCGCGAAGCGAUCCAGUACUGGUCCAAGAAUGA